AUGUUUGAACACAACUGUUUUUUUCUUUCGUCUGUUGUUUCUCAUGUCCUCGUUUUAUUGCGAUUCAAAUUUUACCAACCCCUUUGUUCAACCCCCCUCUCUUGUUCACUCUCUCCCCUCUCUCUCUCUCUCUCCCUCUCUCCCCCUCUCUCUCCUCUCUCUGUCUCUCUCCUCUCCUCUCUCUCUCCUCUCUCUGUCUCUCUCCUCUCUCUCUCCUGUCUCUCUCCCCUCUCUCUCCCUCUCUUCCGCCGUUUUGUUAGCUAUGGCUUGAAGAUGAAGUGUUUCUUUGCUCUGUUCGCCUUGUUGGCUGUUUCAACCGCUUCUAUUAUAACCAACCCCAAGUUGGACAAAUUAUGGGAAGAUUUUAAAACUCAAUACUGGAAAAACUACGAAUCAGCAAAUACUGAAAGCCUCAGGCGUUUAAUCUGGGAGAAAAAUUUUAAUCGCGUCAUUGUUCACAACUCUCACGCCGAUAAUGGACUGCAGACCUAUUGGUUGGGCAUAAAUGAAUAUGCUGAUAUGCUCGGUUACGAAUUUGUAAGAAUGAUGAAUGGAUUAUUACCCCGAAACCUGACCAUGCACCGACCAGAAUUUACCGUCACUGACGAUGACGUAAGCAAACUUCCAUCGGAAGUUGAUUGGAGACAGCAAGGAUAUGUGACCCCCGUUAAGAACCAAGGACAAUGUGGAUCUUGCUGGGCUUUCUCCACAACUGGCUCUCUGGAAGGACAACAUUUUAAGAAAACGAAAAAUCUGAUCUCUCUUUCCGAACAAGAUUUGGUUGACUGUAGUAGAGACUGUGGAAACUUGGGUUGCAAUGGAGGACUUAUGGACCAAGCUUUUACGUGUAUCAAGAAGCAUAAAGGAAUUAUGCUUGAGGAAGAUUACCCUUAUGAGGGUCAUGAUGGCAAAUGCCGCUUCGAUGUAUCCAAAGUCGCUGCCACAGUCAGGGGCUACGUUGAUGUGAAAUCCGGGGACGAGAAAGCUCUUCAAAAGGCAGUGGCAACUGUCGGUCCCAUAUCUGUGGCCAUUGACGCUAGUCACUUUUCUUUCCAACUCUAUUCGCAUGGCGUCUACAAGGAACCUUCAUGUAGCUCUACUCGACUGGAUCAUGGAGUCUUGGUUGUUGGUUACGGAACUAAAAACGGAGAAGCUUACUGGCUGGUUAAGAACAGUUGGGGAAAAAGCUGGGGAAUGCACGGCUACAUCAUGAUGGCUAGAAAUCACAACAACAUGUGUGGUAUCGCCACUCAGGCCAGCUAUCCAUUGGUCUAA